CCUCGCACUUUGUAUCCUCGGACAACUCCCCCAACAAGUUGGUGUGUAUAUGUCGAGGCGACCCAACUUGACCUGCAGAUGUCGGAAAUCUACUGGAAGCGUUUUUGUAAAAACACAUCAGCAAGUUGAUGGCUAGAUGAAACAUGCAUGACCUUAAUCACACCAUUCAAAAUCUGAUCUCUAAUAACAUGACAAUCAAUUUCUAUGUGCUUGGUACGUUCAUGAUUCACCGGAUUAUCAGCUUGCCAUAUUACCGACAUACUGUCACAAAACAUGGGAGUAGGAGCAGCAAGUUGAACAUGUAAAUCAUGCAGAAUUUAACGCAACCAAAUCAACUCUCAAGUUAGACUCGUCUUGCUUGAUAUUCAUCAGCUUCUGCUGAAGAACGAGAAGCGUUCUUUGUUUCUUAGAUCGCCAACUAAUUAAAGAAUGACCUAACAACAUACAAAAACUGAUAGUGGAUCGACGUGUGUCUGGACAUCCAGCCCAGUCACUAUCACAAAAGACUGUAACUUGAUUUCAUAAUUAGUAGAGAAGAAUAAACCUUGUCCAAAAGUCUGAUCAAUCUUAAGUUUAGGAUCUUUAAUGGCAAGGAGAUCAUUGUCGGCUAUGGUAUUUUGAAUAAAAAUGCUACAUUAUUUGGGUAUAUAUUGCAUUUCAUGUGGAAUUUCAGUUUGGAAUGUGGUAAUUGAGUUUAAUUAUCUUGUUUGAAUAAAACAUUCACAUGUUGUGAUAUUUCAUCACUUAAAAAAAGAGUGUGUUAAUUAAAAUGUUUAGAAGGAGAACGAGAGAAGGUAUUUCAAUUGUGUCAUUAUAUACAUUAUUUCAAUUGUUGCCGCGGACCCGAAAUACCACGACUCGCUUUUUGUUUGUCAGACGAGUUAAUUUCACCAAAAUAAUCCAAAUGCUGCAUCUGACCGGUAAAAAUAAAAUAGAUUAUAAUCUCAGUUUUCCUUUGCUUUUCGCCAGAUUCUAUCCAGAUUUGGAGUUGUAAUACUUGGGCUUCAAAAUUGCUCUCUCCAAGAAUGUAAAGCAAAACAAAGCGGCCCAGCCUGUGGCCCAUUAGCUAAGCUAACCAACUUAAAUGCUCUACUUUUUUUGUUGACCGCCCAUCCAGGGCGGACCUAGUAAGGGUGAGGGUGUUCGGAAAUUUUGUGAAUGACCAAUAUACUUUUGGUACAUUUUUUUUAAUUCGGGGCUUCCGACACAACUCAAAUAAUUGUGAGCGAUCUAUCUUUAUUAUACAAAAAUAAUUUUCUUGUUAUAAAUUUAUUUAUCUUUAUUAGUAAUAAUUAAUAAUAAAUAAAAUCAAAUAAAUAUGUUUGUUUUAACAUAACCCACACCAGAACCCAACAAUGAAAAAUAUAUGUAUAACCCCAUCCUUUGAAACUUUCCGUUUCCACCCCUUGACCCUUCUUUUAUUGAAAAUAAAAUAAAAAACUCAUAUUUAACUCUUUUUAGUUUAUAAUUACCGAGACCCACUGCCACAUCCCCCUUUUCUUUUAUCCUUUACUUUACUUGCUCUUGAAGUUGGUGUUGACUUUACUUGUUGCAAUUGCAAGGUGCGAAAGAGCAUUCCAUCUGGGAUGAAGUUUCUUUAUGAUGAAUUGAUGUAUGAUGGAUACCCUCUCAGCUCUUUUACGUUUUACCUCUGACCCGAGAACCUUGUUGAAAUUAGAUUGGCGUACAGCAACAUUGAGCAACUGUGGGGAGUAGUUCAGGUACAUAAUUUUUGAGACAGUGUUACUGUGAGUUUCUUUCUUGAAAUGAACUCUAACCCUUUGAUGUGUUUAUUCCAUAGGGUCUAGUGAAUUUAAAAGAGAUUGACCUAAGUUCUUGUAGGAAUCCGAAGGCAAUCCCAGAUAUGUCUCAGUCAAUCAAACUUGAGAUAAUGAAUUGUGCAAACUGUACAUGUUUAUUGGAAGUUCCCUCACCAGUUCAACAUCUGGUCAAGCUUACUGAUCUUGAUCUAAGAGGUUGCUCAAGCCUUAUGAGUCGUCCUGGUUUCCUGAAUAUGCAGUCCCUCAAGAUCCUAAACCUCUCUGGCUGUUCAAGCCUUAAGAAGUUUCCUCAAAUCAUGGGGUGUAUAGCCUACCUCAAUCUGAAUGAGACAGCAAUUGAAGAGCUUCCACAAUCAGUUGCAUAUCUCAGUCGACUUGUUGCACUGAAUGCAAAGGGUUGUAAACGGCUCCAAAGCAUCUGAAUGCAAAGCACUGAAGAUGCUUGUACUUGAGUGAAACAGCACUAGAGAAACUCCCUUGCCGGAUUGGUAACCUCUCUAAACUCUCAUAUUUGGAUCUAUCAAACUGCAAAAGGCUCAAGAAUCUUCCUGAUACACUUUCUGAGGCAAAUUCUCUUGAAAAGUUGAUUCUCCGAGGUUGUUCAAAUAUGACACAGUUCCCUAAACUUUCAGCGAACAUAAAUGAGUUGUAUUUAGAUGAAACGGGGAUAGAAGAAAUACCAUCGUCUAUCGAGGGUCUCUCUCGGCUUGUGGAACUGCAUCUGCACAACUGCAAAAGUUUUUCGGAUUCUUCCUGACAGUAUAUGUGAGUUGAAAUUUCUCUACAGGCUUAACCUUUCAGGUUGCUCCAAACUAGAAAAUUUCCCAGCUACUUUGAGGCCUAUGGAAUCUCUUAGACGCUUGUAUUUGGAUGGAACUCCCAUAAGCAACUUCUGGUUUCCUGGAGGGCUCAACAGUAUCCCCGGGAUUUCCACUUUGGAACUAGGACACUGCAAGUUGUUUAAGGAUGUCAUACUCAGCUUUCACUGUCGGGCAUAGUUGUUGGGAGUUCUUGAGUAGGCUAUCUCUUAAUGAUUGUAAUAUAUCAGUGGUGCCUGAUGCUCUUUGUAAAUGUUGGACCCAAGUGGAAACAAGUUCCAGGAGCUACCUCUUGACUUUUACAGACUCUUUAAGCUGCAAGACCUUGGAAUAAAGAACUGCUUGGAGCUGAUUUCAUUGUCGAGACUUCCAAAAGUUGGAUGCAGAUAAUUGCCCGUCGUUAACAAUUGUGUCAUUUAGAGUAUCGACCCUUUGGCCUUCAUAUCCUGCUACUUUCUUCAAUUUUAUUCUUUCACUGGUUGCUGAAAUUUCGACAAUAUUGCAGGCUGUGCCAUACAUGUAUAUGCUCUGGAGAGAUUUUGUCAAUGCUGUAAUCGUCUAUACAAGCAGGUCUGUCAACUGAACUUGAAAAUUUUGUUUUCAAAUAAUAUUUGCCUACUUGAAUCCAUUUACCUUGGGUGUCAGAAUUAAUUUUUUAAUUUAGG